AUGGCAGAUCUAGGAGAGCGUCUAAUACAGGAUCUGGACAAGAAGCAAGAAGGCGAAGAGCGAGAGAGCCAGGAUCAAGUACCCCUGCAAAAUACUAAGUCUACCAACAAGUCUGCGGACGUAGUGAGCACGGUGGAACCAACUCUACAGAAUACGGAAGGCUCCGAGUCUGCCAAAUCGACGUAUCAAUCGUAUGAUCCGAGUUUCUUUGAUCCGAUGUCAUUCCUGGGCAUUUUUGAUAACUUCGACCUUGAGGUUGGAGCUACUGGAGGAAUGACUUAG